UUCAAACUUCACUCUCAAAACCCCCAAAACCCCAUUUUCCCUUUUACUCUCUUUCCUAUUUCCAAAGCUUCUCCAUUUUUUUUUAAAAAAAAAAUUCUUAAAAAAAAUGAAUAACUCUUCUUCUUCUUCUUCUUCUUCUUCUUCAGCCUCUCAAAAUUGGCUUGCUUUUUCUCUCUCUAAUAAUCCCAACUCUCUUUCUCUCUUCCAUCACCAUCCUAAUUCUACUGAUCUUUCUAUUUUCUCGCCCACCGCCGCCCCCAAGCUUGAGGACUUUCUCCGGGGAGCUUCCAAUCCUCCGCCGCCCUCGCCGCCUCCCUUUCACUUUUCCUCCCAUCAAUCUGAGAUUUGUGAUUCUGAUCUCAAAACUAUAGCCGCUAGUUUCCUUCGUGGACCGCCAACCACCCAUUUCCCUGAACAACACUUUCAACAUCUACACGCGCCACCUCCGCCGCCGCCGCCGACUCAAUCUGAUACUUCACCGCCCCCACCACCUAAGAAGGCUGUUGAUACUUUUGGCCAACGCACCUCUAUUUACCGCGGUGUUACAAGGCACAGGUGGACUGGUCGAUAUGAAGCUCAUUUGUGGGAUAAUAGUUGCAGAAGAGAAGGUCAGAGUAGAAAAGGAAGACAAGUUUAUUUGGGUGGUUAUGACAAAGAAGAAAAAGCAGCCAGAGCUUAUGAUCUCGCCGCUCUCAAGUACUGGGGUCCGACCACCACCACCAACUUUCCGGUGUCGAACUACGAAAAAGAACUGGACGAUAUGAAGAACAUGACCAGACAAGAAUUUGUUGCUUCAUUAAGAAGGAGAAGCAGUGGUUUUUCUAGAGGAGCUUCUAUAUACAGAGGUGUAACAAGGCACCACCAACAUGGCAGAUGGCAAGCAAGAAUCGGAAGGGUUGCUGGCAAUAAAGAUCUCUAUCUUGGAACAUUCAGCACUCAGGAAGAAGCAGCCGAAGCUUAUGAUAUAGCAGCCAUCAAAUUCCGAGGCCUCAACGCAGUCACAAACUUCGACAUUAGUCGUUACGACGUGAAGAGCAUUGCCAGCAGCAACCUCCCCAUAGGAGGGAUGUCAGGCACCAAAUCCAAAACCACCUCCGACUCUGCCCCCUCGGAUGGGGGCAGUCGAUCGACCGAAGAACGCGACGUCCACCAUUCUCCUGCAUCCUCAACUGUGCAGCCGAACAACAACUCCUCGAGUACUCUUAGCUUCACAAUGCCCAUCAAACAAGACCCAUCGGAUCAAUACUGGUCCAUUCUCGGCUACAAUAACCCCAGCUCCUACAACACAAGCCUCGUCAAGCCCGACGAUGUUCCACCGUCGUCAUCGAGGUUUCAACAACCUGGAUCCACAAUGUUUCCCGCCAUCACCGACCUAGCGUCGAGUGGAUCCACACUGACGGAAGGCGGGAUGUAUGGUGGAAUGUACGUACAACAACAACAAUAUGCAACACCAGUUGCAUUAAGUAGCGGAAUAAGCAUUGAGAUUGGGCAAUCAAUGAGGGGGUUCGAAGGUCAUACAAAACCAAGCCUUUUUCAGACGCCAAUAUUUGGAAUGGAGUGAAAAAAAAGGUGUGAAAUUUGCAUUAAGUUUGAAGAAAUUAACAGCUGGUGGGUUUUGACCAAGGAUCCAACUUAGAAUCAUAGACUCAAAAAAGGAUCUAGUGGACUGACAUUUUAGGAAUAGCUAUAGCUAGGAAGCUGACUCUAGUAAUGAAAUUGUACUGACUUUUUUUUUUUUUUUUUUUUUUUAAGACUAUGCUUCAAAUUAAUUAGGUCCCUUUGGUUUUUUUUUUUUUCCCUGCAUUUUCUUUACGGUUCAGUCAAGUCAUAUUUUGUCUUUAUUAUUGGGAAAAUUUCUAUAAAAAAUGGUUUUUAUUUUUUCUA